AUCGUAGUUCUACUUCCGGGAAGAAGGCUUAGCCAGGCCAAGCGGUACGUUAAGUACGCCAAGGAGUUAAACUGCUCCAAAAUGACCGCGUUGACAAUUUCUCCGGCUAUAUCUCACAAUAACAGUGGAUUAAUACAAGUGGUGAACGAAAGUAAUCUAAGUAAAAUAGAAAGCUUCCUCAAUGACACAGCUUAUAGAGAAGCCAUCGAAAAUUCUUCCAAUUACAAUAGCCGAUUAUGCCGGGAACGACGUCUUCGCAUGCCCUUCCUUGAUUCACAAACAGGUGUAGCACAAAAUCAUUCUGCACUUUUUAUGUCCUCGAGGGAAAGAUUACCAGGUUUAUUACAUGGUCAAAUUUAUACCUAUCCAAGUAAACGAUGGCGGAAGAAACGAAGACAAUAUUUAAUGCAUUAUCUGCAUCCAAAACGAGGACCCAGAGGUGAUACAGAAGAUGGAACAGAAGGCAUUGAGGCUGUUACACAUGUAAAUGAUGAUAGCAAAGAUUCAGUAGCACUUAAAGAUGAACAUAGUAAAGAUGCUUGGUAUUAUGAUGAGCAAGAUAUGUUAGACAUGGAUCCCUAUGAUGAACCUGAUCCUGAUAGCGAUUAUGAUUAUGAAGAGAGCUAUAGCAGUAAACGAAAACGUAGAAAAACACGUGGAGGUGGUCAUCAUCCUGCUCGUAGUCAUCCACCUUCCACUGAUAGUCCAGGUGGCAAAAGAACAAAGGGCGGAGGCCGUGGGCGUAAAAAAGCCAACUAUGACUCUGUCGACACUGAUAAACCAUUCGUUUGUGACCUAUGCAGCGCACGGUAUAAGACCAGACCUGGUCUGGUCUACCAUUACGGUCAUUCCCACUCUACUUCCUCCGGUGAUCCUGCUAAGGAACUAAGUCCCAGUCCUGCCGAAGUUGAACCUAGGAGUGUUGCAGACACCGCUGCUUCGAACCAGCCAGGUGGUACACGUCGAGGUCGUCAGAGCGCUACUUCCUCGACGUCGAGUCCGUCCCCGGCGACGCCUACCGCUGCGCCCGCAGCGGGAGCGGCGUCCCAGACGCCGCAGCCGCAGCAGCAGCUGCCGCCGACCGUGCAGACGCCUGUCGGCCCAGCGUCGCCUACCAUCCCGGCGCCCAAGGAAGAUCACCUGCCGACCGCAGCCUCACCCGGCGGCACCGUCCCGUUGCUCGCCGGAGAAACCACGGGAUCCGCGGGCGGACCGCCCACGCCCGGUGGACCGAACGCGGAGAAGAAGGCCGGCGGCAAGUCCUCGGCGGCUCAGCCGUCCCCGUACUGCGACUUCUGCCUGGGGGACGCGCGCGAGAACAAGAAGACCGGCGGAUCCGAGGAGCUGGUGUCGUGCAGCGACUGCGGCCGCUCAGGGCAUCCAACUUGCUUGCAAUUCACUGCAAACAUGAUCGUUUCUGUUCGCAAGUACAGGUGGCAAUGUAUCGAAUGCAAAUGUUGCUCCAUUUGCGGCACCUCUGACAACGAUGAUCAAUUGCUGUUCUGUGACGACUGUGAUCGCGGAUAUCACAUGUACUGUCUGGCUCCACCUCUCGCAUCACCUCCCGAGGGAUCAUGGUCCUGCCGUCUAUGCAUAGCCGAAUUUCAUCGCCGUGAUUAAAUCCUACUCUCAUAGAUAAGUCACGAAGCCAUUUGCCAUUUCGCUGUGGCGCAGCGGUUAUCUUAUUAGGAGAAUUAGGAGAGUAUUCACGAGCUCACACUCAUAUUAUAUAUAAUAUUUACACGCCGGCAAAUUUUUCGAGAAGGAAAAGAAAGUCAACUUCAUCGAUUACUAUUUAUUACGAAAUUUCCAUUUGAUCAUCAGCUCCUGCUCCCCUCGUUAAAUUAUGUUAAUGGUAAUAAU